AUGAGAUUGCUCGCUGGUCUUACUGAUGAUGCAGCAAAAGAGCUUCAAUCCUUUUCAAAAUGGAUUUUGGAUAUUGGAGAUGGAAAAAUAAAUUUGCAUAACGACGGUCAAGUUGAGAUUGACAUACCUUCUGAUUUGCUGAUAAAAAAUAGUGGAGAAGAUUCUAUUGAGACUAUGGCAAAAGAGUUGCCAGGUGAAGAGAAGGUUUACCUUAGCUCUGACAGUAUUAUCCCAUCCGAUGUUGACGUAGAAGAAAAUGUAGUAUAUUCUCCAGAGUUUUUGAACAGUGUUAAAGUGGUUGGACUGCCUAGACAUUAUUUGAAGCUGAAGGUUGGUGCUCAUAUUAUGUGUCUCUAUAACAUGGAUCUUGCAGAUGACUUAUGCAAUGGUAAUAGGCUAACUGUUACUCAGUUACUAUCCCAUGUGAUAAAAGGUAGAAUUAUAACCGGAAACACUAUUGCUGGAGACAAAGUCUGGAUUCCUAGAAUGUAUGUCAUCCCACCUGACACAAUGUUUCCCUUCAGAAUGCGUCGAAGACAGUUUCCCGUUACAUUGGCUUUCGCGAUGGCCAUCAACAAAAGCCAAGGUCAAACACUAGAAAGUGUUGAUUUGUUUCUGCCUAGGCCAGUGUUCUCUCAUGGUCAGCUCUACGUUGCACUUUCAAGAGUUAAGUCGAGAGCUGGAUUAAAAAUUCUAAUAACUGGGAGGAUGGGUAAUGAUGAGUAUGAAGAUCGAUAG